AUGUCGUGGUCGCCCUCCUACUCGUGGACGGGCGCGCCCGCCGAGUUCAACGGCACCGAUCCCGAAACUGGCGGAGAUUCCAGCACCGAGAACCUCAACCAAUGGUACCAAUCCGGCGACCAGGCCUUCAUCAUCGUGUCCGCGUGCAUGGUGAUGCUCAUGGUCCCCGGCAUCGCCUUCUUAUACUCGGGUUUGUCGCGGAGAAAGUCGGCCCUCUCCCUCCUCUGGGUCGUCAUGAUGUCCUUCAGCGUCGUCAUCUUCCAGUGGUACUUCUGGGGCUACUCGCUGGCCUUCAGCACCACCGCCACCAACGGCUUCAUCGGCAAUCUCCACCACUUCGGCCUCAUGAACACCCUCGCCCUGCCCUCCCCGGGUUCCCCGCUCAUCCCGGAAUUGCUGUAUUCGUUCUACCAGAUGAUGUUUUGCGCCGUAACCGCGGCCCUCGUCAUUGGCGCCGUCGCUGAACGGGGUCGCGUGCUCCCAGCCAUGGUUUUCGUCUUCAUCUGGGCCACUCUCGUCUACUGUCCUCUCGCCUGCUGGGUCUGGAAUGUGAACGGGUGGGCCUUUAACUACGGCGUUCUCGACUACGCCGGAGGCGGGCCCGUCGAGAUCGGCUCCGGGUUGUCCGCUCUGGCUUACUCGUGGGUGCUCGGACGGCGCCACGAGAGGAUGAUGCUCAAUUUCCGACCUCACAACGUUUCCCUGGUUACGCUCGGCACCAUCCUUCUGUGGUUCGGCUGGCUCGGUUUUAACGGCGGCUCCGCCUUCGGCGCCAACCUCCGGGCCACUAUGGCGUGCUGGAACUCUUGCCUAACGGCCGCGUUUGCCGCCAUGACAUGGUGCCUGCUCGAUUUUCGCCUCUCGAAGAAGUGGUCGAUGGUGGGAUGGUGUUCGGGCGUAAUAUCGGGGCUCGUCGCCGCCACGCCUGCGUCCGGAUUCAUUCCCCCGUGGGCAUCUAUCGUCCUGGGCGUCGUCACCGGCGUUUGCUGUAACUUUGGCACCAAGAUUAAGUUCCUGGUUCGUAUCGACGACUCCCUCGAUGUGUUCGCCGAGCACGGCAUCGGCGGCAUCGUCGGGCUCAUCUUCAACGCGCUCUUCGGUGCGAACUACAUCAUCGGCCUUGACGGUGUAAACAACGGCGCACUCCCGGGCGGCUGGAUCGACCACCACUGGGCGCAGCUGUACAUCCAGAUCGCGUACAUCGUAGCGGCGAGCGCGUACACGUUCGUCGUGUCGGCCAUCAUCGCGAAGCUUAUCGACCUCGUGCCCGGACUGCAUCUGCGCGCGACGGAGGAGGCGGAGCUCAUCGGCAUGGACGACGACCAGCUCGGCGAAUUCGCGUACGACUACGUCGAGGUGCGGCGUGACUUCCUCGCGUGGACACCCAUCAAAGAAGAGCCGAUGGUCGGCGGCGGCCACCGCAUCAUCCCGCAGCACGGGAUCGAGGAGCACGCGAACAUGGCCAACACCAACGGCAUCGCGCGCGAGCAGGAGAAGAGGAAUGCCUCGGCGAGAACUCCCGCUAAGGAGAAGGUCGAGGCGGCGGUGGCAGCCAACGGCGACACUACCGAGAGAUCGACCGAGAGGUUAACGGAGGAGGCACCAAGCAGAUAA